UUGGGGGGACCGAGAGGGGGAUCGCAGCUACGGGUCAGCACCUCCGGGACUUGGGAGCGGGUCCCGGUGGGCGGGGGCUCCUGGGCCCUGGCGGUGGCACGGCACGGCAUGGGGGGCUCCGGCCGUGCCCUGCUGCGCUGUGCGGGCGAUGGAACUGCGCCGUGUCCGUGUGUCCGGCACUUUCGAGCUCGCGCCCCUCUGGGUUUGCUCGGCCGUGCGCGGCAGUUGUCAUGGCUCUGCCCCGACUCCACGGCUUUCCCAGGUAGUGCCAUGAAGGCACUCGGACCCACUGGAAACGCAGACACGGGGUUGGCCAGCGGAACCGGGCGGUGCGCGUCCCGGGGAGGUGGUGGCGGGCGGGGGAGUCACGCAGCUCUGUGCACAGACCGGGCAGCUUAUCGGCGGUGCGGGUAUUGACAGUGUGACAGCAUUGUCUGCGUCGGCAGCGAGUCCUUCUCUUUCUCCGUGCUCACGCCCUUGAAUUCCGUCCCGUACGAAGGCUGUGGAUCCGUGGGAGCCCUCCUCCCGCUGACCCCUUCCCCCUGCCCUGGCAGCGGCCCCACGGCUGCAGCAGCGGUGCGGCGACUCCGCAGACGGGAAGGGCCCUCCCCGGCGAGGUCAGGAGCGGGGCUUUUCCGCUGCGGAAGCCCAGGAGAGCAGCCGACGUCCCUUGGCCGGAGGGCCGCGGGCUGCACGGCACAGCCAUCCCGGUGCCGGGUGGUGCCGGCUGCCUGCAGACCAGCAGAACCGGUGCCGCCGGCCUGUGGCGCUGGGAGCACGAGGUGCCCUGCCCUGCUCUGCCCUACAUACGGGCUGCGAACCUGCGGGAGCUCACCUGUGUCUGCUUACUGGACGGGGCUGGAGGUUGCCGUCUCUGGGGUUGCGGGUUGCCAUCUUUGGUGCCAGCUCCCACUUCUGCAGCCACCGUCCCUGUCCUUCCAUAACCCAGCUGGUACAGGUGCCUGGCUGGUUGCUGGAAAAACACCGAGAGCUGUGCCUUGUGCAGGGCUGACCAGAGGCUGGGAGUGGGAAUGGGAAUGCAGCCGUGCUGAGCAGAAUGCAAUGCGUGUUGGAGGCACAGGACGAGGCUCUGAGCUGUCCUGGGGACUGUAGUGUGGUGUGAGCCCUGCAUGGGUCUGAGCAGGGAGCGGUGCAGAGCUGUAACCCCGCCAUGGACUUUGCUUGCCUCCAGUACAGACGCAUCCGGCUGCUUGGGGUCAGGGUGAUGUCGGAGGCUGUGGAUCUGUCCUUCCUGUCGGAUGUUGAGAAGGAUUUGAUCCUGCAGGUCCUGCAGCGCGAUGAGGAGCUCCGUAAAGCUGAGGAGAGGAGAAUCAGGCGCCUGAAGAAUGAGCUGCUGGAGAUCCGGCGCAAAGGAGCCAAGCGGAGCAGCCAGCGCUACAGCGAGCGGACCUGUGCCCGCUGCCAGCAGAGCUUGGGCCGCAUCAGCCCCAAGACCAACACCUGCCGGGGCUGCAACCACUUGGUGUGCCGGGACUGCCGCUCCUAUGGCCCCAACAGCUCCUGGCGCUGCAAAGUCUGCACCAAGGAGGCGGAGCUGAAGAAGACAACAGGGGACUGGUUCUACGACCAGAGGGUCAACCGCUUUGCUAACAGUCUGGGCAGCGACAUGGUGCGCCUGUCUCUGCGGCACAGGUCUGCAGCGAGCAAAAGGGAGACAGUGGGACAGACACUUCUGCACAAAGCACAGCUUGGUGACCCCAAGGGCUCCUCUGCAGCCCGGCAGAAGAGCCCCCAAGAGCCCCGGAAAGUGCCCAGUUUGUUUCCUGAUGCCUCUGACCCUCGGGAAGGCAAAAGUGACACAGAGUCCAUGGAAAACAUGAGCCUGGAUGGCUACAGACCUGCUCCUGCUGCUGGGGGGGGCAGAAGGAACUCUCUGGAUAAAGCCACCACUAUCAAAGAGGGAAAGCAGGUUGCUGGACCAGCAGGACCCGUGGCAGCCAGCCUGACACUCCCUCUGCCCUCCAAAAAUGUGCUUUCUGUCACCAACGGACGGGAGACUCCCACAGGCAGCCGAAGCAACACGUUGGUGAAUGAUCAUGACACCAUCUUCAAGAAGAACCCCCGGAGGGUGGUGAGACCCGCAGACUACACCAAGUCAGUGAUCGACCUGCGCCCAGAGGAAUUUGUGGGUGAAAGCAGCUCCAUGGGAGACAGGAGCAAGUCAGUGCCUGGCCUCACCACAGAGCUGGAUGAGGAGGAGGAGGACAUUGACAACCUAGUGGAGAUCCAUCGACAGCGGGUGGCGCGGGGCAGCAUGCGCAGUGGCACCUCCUCGAGCACACUGGGGAGCAUGGUCAGCAUCUACAGCGAGGCUGGUGACUUCGGGAACAUCACAGUCACUGGAGGAAUCUCCUUCUCCCUGAGCUACGAGCAGAAGACACAGACAUUGUUUAUCCAUGUGAAGGAGUGCCGGCAGCUGGCCUAUGGGGACGAGGCCAAGAAGCGCUCCAACCCGUAUGUGAAAACUUACCUCCUGCCUGACAAAUCCCGGCAAGGGAAGCGCAAGACAACCAUCAAGCGCAACACCAUAAACCCGCUGUACAACGAGCUGCUGAAGUAUGAAAUUAAUAAAUCCCUCCUGCUCGCGAGGACGCUGCAGUUCUCGGUCUGGCACCACGAUCGCUUUGGCCGCAACACAUUCCUGGGGGAGGCGGAGAUCCCCAUGGACUCCUGGAACUUCAGCAGCCAGCUGGAGGAGUUCCUGCUGCUGCACGGCAAGACUGGGGUCGAUGCUGCUGGCCUCCCCCAGUACAAAGGGGAGCUGGUGGUCUCCAUGAAGUACAUCCCAUCUCCCAAGCACUCUGGGGCUGGAAAUGGCAGAAAGGGCAAAGCAGGAGAAGGCGGUGAGCUCCAGGUCUGGAUCAAAGAAGCCAAGAACCUCACAGCUGCCAAAUCAGGGGGCACAUCAGACAGCUUUGUGAAGGGCUACCUCCUGCCACAUAAAAAUAAGGCCUCCAAGAGGAAGACGCCUGUGGUGAAGAAGACCCUGAAUCCUCAUUACAACCAUACCUUUGUCUAUAAUGGCAUCAACCCUGAGGACCUGCAGCACAUCUGCCUGGAGCUGACUGUCUGGGACCGGGAGCCUCUGUCCAGCAAUGACUUCCUUGGAGGUGUUCGCCUGGGUGUGGGCAAUGGCAUGAGCAAUGGGCAGGCCGUGGACUGGAUGGAUUCCACAGGUGAGGAGCUGAACCUGUGGCAGAAGAUGCGCCAGUACCCAGGCUCAUGGGCAGAGGGGACGCUCCAGCUCCGCUCCACCAUGGCCAAGCUGAGGCCCUAGGCAGCAGAACAGACACCAGGGCUCACCCUGGGGCUGGCACAGCUGCUCUGGAGCUGCACUCACAGCAUGGCCAGAUGAGUGCCAAACUUAAUUAUUUUUUUUGCCUAUAUUUUAAUAAACAUGACUCUUCUCUAAACAG